AUGCAAGAUUCUGGAUGGUUGCUCUUAGGAUCUAAUGCAAGACUGAGACAGUCCUUGCUUCACACAGGAGCCGAGAGAGAAGAGGAGGGCAUAAGGCAGUGGGCCCUCAGGUGGUUGAAGAAGGACAAAGGAGGUGAUACAAGGCAAUGGCAUGAGAAUAGCCUGAGGGAGCACUUCCACCAAUACACCCUGGCUCUGGAACAUAGGAACCAGCCCAAAUCAAGGACACAUUGCCAUAGUGCCCAAUUCCAGGGCCCCAGAUGUGAGCCACGUGAAACUUGGAUGAACCUUCAGAAUGGCCAGCCCUUCAGUAACAUCUGCAUCCACAUACUCAGAAGUAUUUCCUUUCCAUUCUGUUUGGGAAAGGCUGAGGGUCCCACACCUUCUCAUAAUUCACAUUAG